AUGAUUUAACUGUCUUCUGUAGAGAGAACAACAAUGAUUGAAUUGUUUUCCACUUUUUUUGAUCGCCUUAGUUCUCAUAAUCCAUAGAGAGAGUAAAUGCUAAAAUCCUUGUACUAAUUUAAAGCAUUACUAUAUGCAAAUGAUCCAGGAAUUGAAAAAUAUUUACAUGAUCUAUAAGGAUAGAAAUCCCCACUUAAAAGAGAUAAUUCAUAAACUAAAAAAUCUAGUAGUGUUAGAAAAGAACAAGAACCAUUUAUGCGUCAUCCGAAACGAAAAACACUUGGAUGUGGACAUGAAAUUGAUGUUGUUGAUUCCUCUGGAGAAUGUCUUGUUUGUUGUGCAUCAUAAUCUGUAAAAUUAAUAUUCUAAUUAGCCUUUUGAUGAAUUUAAAUCCAAAUGUGUAAAUGUAUUUAAACUUUUACAAUCAUUAGACAAUGAUGAAUUCUUUAGAUCUUUGUAAUCAUUAGAUGUAUUUCAUUCCUUUCAAAUCAGGACCCCUUAACCAUCUCACUUUCCAAAUAAAGAUGCCAAUCAUCUACAGGUGAAUUAUUCAAAGACCCUAUCAAUUAUUCUAGAAUGGCAUUAGCAGAAUAAUAAACCAAUAUUCAACAGAUUAUAAGAAAAUGUCUUAGAUGCAAUAAAGAUAUCCAAAAUCAUGAUUCUAAAAACAUUAGUUACUUUUGUAAUUCUUGCAAAAACUUUUGA